UUAUAUGGACUGGAAAUUAAUUCUUAGUGAAGUAACUUAUUUAGAUGACAGAUUUUUAGAUGUUGGAUUUGAGUUAGACAGAGUGCUACAAGGCUCAGUAGAGAGGCCUGCCCAUUGGAAGGAAUGCAAAAAUGUGUUGAUUAAUGUGUUCCCGGCACUUAUUGAGAGGGUUUAUAUCCAAAGGUAUAUGAACGUAAAUGCCACAAAGAUACAAAUUGAAGAAAUGUUUCUAAACGUAAAAAAAGAGUUUCAUUCAAUGCUUGAUCAUAAUGGGUGGAUGGACGAACAAACAAAAAUAGCGGCUUUUGAAAAGUUGCAAAAAUUGAGAGUGCUUAUAGGGUAUAUGGACAGCAUAUUUAAUGAAACAAAGCUUGAAAAAUUGUAUUCUGAGUUUACCGUCAUUCCCGGCCAACCAUUUGCCGAAGCAAUGGAUUCUCUAAAUAUUUUGAUGAAUCAAAAGUCAAUGCUUCAAUUAUUAGAUCCUGUUGAAGUUGAAUUUAGCAGUUUGGGUAUUAACGGAUUUUAUUAUCCAAUUAAGAAUGUUAUAGUUUUGACUGGAGGUAUUUUACAAGGUGUUUUCUUCAAUUCGACUACUCGUCCAAUCUCAAUGAAUUACGGGUCAAUCGGUGUAGUAUUGGCACACGAAAUAACACACGGGUUCGAUAAUAACGGAAGACUACACGAUGAAUUUGGAAAUGUUAGGAAUUGGUGGAAGAAGGAAACUGCUGCAGCAUUUCAAAAACAAAAACAAUGUUUUGUUGAACAAUAUGAUGCUAUUACAGUAAAUGGAUUGGAUGGAUUACAUAUUAAUGGAAAAAUGACUCAAGGUGAAAAUAUAGCAGAUAAUGGAGGGAUGAGAGCUGCAUAUAAUGCAAUGGAAAUAGCAUUGGAAAAGAAUUCUAUAGCCUCUCAACAAAAACUGAAAGGAUUAGAGGAGUUUAGCGCUGAGCAAUUGUUCUUCAUAAACUACGCCUUUAGUUGGUGUACAAACCAACGCCCUGAAGCUGCCAUUUUUGGAGCUGUUUAUGAUGUACAUUCUCCUCCUGAAGCAAGGGUUAAUGUUGUUCUUGCCAACAUGCCACAAUUCUCCAAUCAUUUUAAAUGUCAAUCUGGUACACCAAUGAAUCCAAAAAAGAGAUGCCAAGUUUGGUGA